CCAGGAAAAUAACAUAUUAUCAGAAGACGGAAAACUAGGUGAGAGCAGUUUGAUAAUCUGCGUUAAAACCACUAUCUUGAGAGACAACCGUGCCGAUCACACGAAGAACACAAAACCGACUGACAACACUGAAAAGAUGGAGUGUAUAUUUUAUCAAGUGGCACUGAUUUUAUUGACGACGCUCCUAAGCGAAUGCGACACAAGGCCACACACCUCAAGGAAAUUUGUAUCUAAAAGACAACCUCCAUCAUUCGAGGACUUCGACAGCAGUUUACAAGUUCGACAAACGGCCGAACGUAUGUCAAAAAAACGCCCGCAGAAAGUGAAAAGCAUUUCAAAACCGUGGAUCAGAAGAAAACCAGUUUCACGACAGCUGAAGGAAGCAGCAAAAAAUACUCAUCUGGCUGAUCGCACCACCAACUUAUCACAGAACCACAAUUUGCGAGUUCGACGCUAUGCAACAUCAAGUUCCACAUGGGGUCACAAAAAUAUUACCUGGUACGCCAAUGUACCUUACAGACCGGCAAUCGUUUUUGAACAUGCAUUUAGGGUUUGGGCAGAAGUAAGUCGAUUCACGUUCCAGCGGCAAACUCACUGGAAUAGUAACGUGGACAUAGUACUAAAGUUUGCCAAAUAUGCUCACAACGAUAGCCUACCCUUCGACGGUCCGGGAUACAGUUAUGCGCAUGCUUUCUAUCCUCCUAAUGGCGAUGUUCACUUUGACGGUUCCGAGGCAUGGUAUAUCCCUUUUACCCACUGUGCAGAAUACUUUGGCAAUACCAUCGAAAACGUAUUAAAAGGCACCAAAAGUUUAUAUCGUGUCGCAGUACACGAGAUAGGACAUAGUUUGGGUUUGAAGCAUUCUUCUGUUCAAACUUCCAUCAUGUGGCCAACCAUAAGCCUCGACACAAUAGACGUGUGUCUCGAUGCUGAUGACAUCGCUGGUAUUCAGGAUCUUGGAGGUAAAUGUGUCCCCAGAGUAAAAAACAUCUUCGACUGGCGUUCCUCUAAGAGUAAUGUUUGGACGACCUACGUCAUGAAAGGAGAUAUUUACUGGAAACUUGACGCACGGACCACCGUUAACAUGCCAACCUAUCCGCUGAAUAUAGUUUCUGGGUGGGGUUCUUUCCCACAUGACCCCGAUGAAGUUUUCGAUUAUAGCACUGGGGGCGUUACCUACAUUUUCAAAGGGACACAGUAUUGGAAAUACCACAAUUCUGCGGACGCAAUGUACUCUGGCUAUCCUUUAGAUAUAGGCCCACAUCAAUGGCCAGGGAUACCAGAUAAUAUAGAUGCUGCCUUUUCUACUCUUGAUGGUUACACGUUCUUUUUUAAAGGUCAUCAAGUCUAUAAAUUUGAUCAAUAUGCAGAUAAAACAGUAGCAGGGUACCCAAAAGAUAGUUCACAAGAAUGGAAAGGUGUCCCCGACAACCUAGAUAGUGCUUACGUCGAUAGGACAACGAACACGAUCUACUUUUUUCAUCUAGAUUAUUAUUAUGAGUGGGACGCAACUGGAAAUACAACAAAACCAGGGCACCUAAUCGGUUAUGAUAGAUUUUUUAAUAUUUGCGAUAUAUAGAUAUGGCUAGUAGUUGUCUUUUUUUCUAGGAAAAUGUUGUCGGAGUCUCUAAUCCUUAUAUAUGAUUGCAUAUUACCUUUCAAGCGUUUGACAAUAGGCAACUAAAUAUUGAGUUUGGUGUGCAUUGCCUUGGUAAAGUUGUUAGAAAUUUAAAAUAUCCAUAGUCUGUAUUAGAGGAGUCUAAACGAACCACAAUGGCAGCGGUGGAAACAAAUAUUGUGGGUGACAUAGAGGUUUCGUAAUCAAUUCAAAAUUAGCAACUCUAAUGAAGAAAUAUGUUCUAAUUUUAACAUAAAUAUAUUUUUUCCUCGACCUCAUCCCAAUGGAGUAAUCGUUGUGACUGUUUAGACUUCCAUUUAAUUUAUAACAUACAUUAUUAACGACGUAACAAUAUCGUUGCGCAUUGACACUGUUUCUGUUUCUAACAAGUGUUUUCUAAAACACUACAAGAAACAUAGAGACACUUAUGACAGCCAUUUUAGCGACAAGAGGCUAUUAUUUCCAAAUACAGGACGCCUCGCCAAGAAAUCGACUAUGUCAGUUGGAAAAACACUACACUGCUGUAAUACCCGACGAACGCAGAUGUUGCGUAAAUAAGAAUUUUGUAAAUAACGAUGGGCAUUUUCAAGAGUGUAGGAUAAAGCCCUGAUAUGUGUCAGUUACUGUAAGGGGUAUUUCUUCAACUUACUCAUGUUAGUUAACGAGCACAUUUCCCCAUGAAAUGAGCGACUUAGUGCCCUUUAUUUCAAAUCAUAUUCUGAGUUACGGCGCUCGUCUUUAGUUUGACUAUUGGGGAGAGAGAUCAACAAAAUUUUGUUGCUGUUUGAAAACUGAAAAUAAAUAUUUGUUUUAAGGUGUCA